AUGAGUGCCACUCCAGUCAUGGGCGCGCAGGUGAACCUCGCCUUGGGCCUCGAUGAGGAGUGCUCACCAUCGGAAACUGCUGGAAAAGAUGGACAUGUCGCGCAUCUUCUUGCGCAGAUUGCGUUUCUUCAUCGGGAAGUGGAGCGUCUAGAGAAGUUGCUCUGUAGCAUGCGAGCAAAAUCAUAUGCUGACGUUCGUGCAUUGACCAGUCAGUACGAACAAACUCUCAGACAAAAGAAUGCGGAAUUAGAAGAUCUUCGGCACACAUUCGGAUCGCACAGAGAGGUUGUUGAUGCAGGCAGAAGGUGCAAACUUCUCGAAAAGCAAUUGGCCGCUGCCAACAGCGAAAAGAGCGUUGCCUGCAUGGAGAAGGCGGACUUGCAGGCGAAAUUGCGGAAGCUCCAGUCGCUACUGAAGAUCAGAAAAGAAGAAGUUCUCAAAGCCCAGGGUACGUUGGAGGAGAGCAAGGUGGAGCGCUCGUCGACCAUAACGGCACUGAAAAUGACGGUGGAGACAUUGACACAAGAGCGUGAGCGCCUGAGCUCAGAGUUGGCCGAGCAGGCAAAGCGUCAGCGUGUGGAGCGAAGAAGCAUAGGCACAGAUUGUGUGCGUCAGCGUGCUGAUGCGGGCAGUGAAACAACUUCUCUUGAGCGUCUCACCCAGGCGUGCCAAGUCUGCACGCUACAGGGCACAAUGACGAUAGCAGGAGAGGAUGCGGACCCGCCGCAUAGCUUAGCGGCUCUUUUGGAGGAAAAAACACGAGAGUGUGACCAGUUUCGUGGUACCUUGGAGGAUUUAAGCGCGAUGCAGCGGGACGCCUUGGCGAUGCUGGAGGUGACGAAGAGCCAGCUGAGCACCGAGACGGAAAGGAGACGGAUUGCGGUUGCCGACGUAGAGAAUCUAUCAGUGCAGCUUCGUGCUUUGCAACAGAGGUGCAGCGAUCAAACGGCAGCAGAACGCACGAUGGGCGACAAAAUCAGACUCUUGGGUGAGGAGCGGCAGAGAAUAUUGGUGGAGAAAUCGCAGAUCGAGCGUGAAAAAAGCCACUGGGAAGAGCAACUGCGCCAGUACGAAGCAGAUGUAGCACAGCUCUCAGCGACAAAAAACCAUACCAACCGACAAUUGAGCGCACUUGCCAAUGAAAACGAAAAUUUGCGUGCUGAAAUGCAGCAGGUGUGCGAACGGGAGGCGCACGCACUGUAUGCAGUGAAGGCAAAGGAUUUGGAAGUGCAGGAAAUUCUGAGUGCCUAUCAAAAAUCAGCACAAGAGAAUGAGUCUCUUUUGGAAAAUCAGCGCUUUCUUGAGCGAGAAUUAGAUAAUGUCCGGGCAGCUCUUGCUUCAAAGGAGGAGACUGUGGCGUAUCUGCAGGAGCAGCUGAGAUCGAUGCAUUUACGCGAGCAGCAGCUGACACUGGAUAUCCAGUCGCUUGAAUACGAGAAUGAGAACCAUCAUCAGCGCCUAGCGAGAGGGGAUCACGAGGCGGCCGAGCUGGAAGCAAAGUGUGCGGAGCUUGUUCAGCUCGUGCAUGCCAAAGAGCAGUGCAUGGAAGAGCUUCAUCAGAGCUUGAGUGAGUUAAGCAAGCAGGUUGUGGUGAAGGACAACGAGUCACUGCUCCUGCGCCACCGCUGCGACGCGCUUCUUGCAGACAAUGCUUCACUCCGUGCUAGUUUUGGGAAUGAAAAGGCGAAAGUGGAGGAGCUGGAGGCGUCCAAUGCGCGCCUUGUGGCACGUGAAGUUCUUUCGCUGAGCGAAGCGGCUGACCGAAGAGAGCGAAGCCAAGAGCUAGCUGACGAACGAGCAACCGUGAAGGCGGUAAGCGAGGAGAAUGCGCGAAUUACAGCCUCUUGUGAACGGCUUGCUGAGCACAACAAAGAGCUGGAGGCGAGAGUAACGUCGUUGGAAAAGUCGCUGCAAGAGUCUGCAGAAGCGAAGGAAAGGCUGCAUAGAAUUGUUCUCGACCAAAAUAAGGCGCUGUCUCGAUUGUCCGAGUGA